GACAGGGGCAGGGAUCAACAGCCUCUCGUGGAAUAUUUUAGUGUGUUAAACCUUUUGUCCCUGCCAGACCAUACUGUUUUAAAGUAAUUAUUUACCAGUGCAUGUGUUCCUAUAGCUAUUAAUAACUGUAGUGGAAUAACUGCAACUACACGGUGCUGCAGGAGGACGUCCAAAAUGUAUCCGAGUGGAGCAGCUGGGGAUUCCUCUCCUCCCCCCCCUCCACCUCCAGAGUAUGUAUUCAAACCCCCUCCGCGGCCGGAUUUCGGCACCAUGGGCCGACCGAUCAAGCUGCAGGCCAACUUCUUCGAGAUGGAGAUUCCCAAACUGGAGGUGUACCAUUACGACAUCGACAUCAAGCCUGAGAAAUGCCCUAGAAGAGUCAAUCGUGAAAUUGUGGCGCACAUGGUGCAGCACUUUAAAACACAGAUCUUCGGAGAUCGGAAGCCUGUCUAUGAUGGGAGAAAGAACCUCUACACAGCUAUGCCAUUGCCCAUAGGGAGGGACAAAGUGGAGCUCGAGGUGACCAUCCCUGGGGAGGGGAAGGACAGGAGCUUCAAGGUGGCCAUUAAGUGGGUGUCGUGUGUCAGCUUGCAAGCCCUCCACGAAGCACUGUCUGGACGCCUGCCAAGUAUCCCUUUCGAGACUAUCCAGGCCUUGGAUGUGGUCAUGAGGCAUUUGCCCUCAAUGAAUUAUACCCCCGUCGGACGCUCCUUCUUCACCUCCUCAGAGGGCUGCUCCAACCCCCUGGGUGGUGGGAGAGAGGUCUGGUUUGGCUUCCACCAGUCCGUCAGACCCUCCUUGUGGAAAAUGAUGCUGAAUAUUGAUGUGUCGGCCACUGCUUUCUACAAAGCCCAGCCUGUGAUUGAGUUCAUGUGUGAAGUUUUGGAUUUCAAAAGCAUUGAAGAACAACAGAAGCCCUUAACCGACUCCCAGAGAGUAAAGUUUACUAAGGAAAUCAAAGGCCUGAAGGUUGAGAUCACUCACUGUGGACAGAUGAAGAGGAAGUACAGGGUGUGCAAUGUGACAAGAAGACCCGCCAGCCAUCAGACAUUCCCUCUGCAGCAGGAGAAUGGCCAGACCAUUGAAUGCACUGUAGCUCAGUACUUCAAAGACAAGUACAAACUGGUGCUGAGGUAUCCUCACCUGCCAUGCCUACAGGUGGGGCAGGAGCAGAAGCACACAUACCUUCCUCUUGAGGUGUGCAACAUAGUUGCAGGGCAGAGGUGCAUAAAGAAGCUGACAGACAAUCAGACCUCCACUAUGAACAUCAUUCAGGACCUUGCCACCAUGGUGCGAGAGCUGCUCAUCCAGUUCUACAAGUCCACCCGCUUUAAGCCCACCCGCAUCAUCUACUACCGCGAUGGCAUUUCCGAGGGCCAGUUCAACCAGGUCCUCCAACAUGAGUUGCUAGCUAUCCGCGAGGCAUGCAUCAAGCUGGAGAAGGACUACCAGCCAGGCAUCACCUUUGUGGUGGUGCAGAAGAGACAUCACACCAGGCUCUUCUGCAUGGACAGGAAUGAGAGGGUGGGAAAGAGUGGCAACAUACCUGCAGGCACCACAGUGGACACCAAAAUCACUCACCCAUCAGAGUUUGACUUCUACCUCUGUAGCCAUGCAGGCAUCCAGGGUACCAGUAGGCCCUCGCACUACCACGUGCUGUGGGACGACAACCACUUUACGUCGGACGAGCUGCAGGUGCUCACCUACCAGCUGUGCCACACCUACGUACGCUGCACCCGCUCCGUCUCCAUCCCCGCGCCAGCCUACUACGCUCACUUGGUGGCGUUCCGCGCCCGCUACCAUCUAGUGGACAAGGAGCAUGACAGUGCGGAGGGCAGCCAUACAUCAGGCCAGAGUAAUGGACGGGACCAGCAGGCCCUGGCCAAGGCGGUACAGAUCCACCAGGACACCCUGCGCACCAUGUACUUUGCCUGAGCACCAGCCAAAGCCGGCGGAUCAGCCAUGGCAACACUUAGGGCAGCAUCACACCUGGAAGGAAUGAAAUAUGGAUCUAGCAAAGGCCAGAUUUGCCUCUCCCCUGGCCACUCUGUGCUCUAUGGACUUCAUCAGAACAGGUUACACAGCGCCAGGUCUGACAUCCCACAUGGAUAAACAAACAAACAAAACAAAACUACUUUACCCUGUUGCGCUCCCAAAAGGCUACAACAUGUAUUCCAAAAUCCAAACAAAUUCAGCCACCCCCACCCCAUCCAAACAUCUAAUGGAUGUGAUGGAGGGCCAUGUAAAAAAGGGGUCAUCGCUAAAUUGUGUGUGUGUGUGUGUGUGUGUGUGUGUGUUUUUUUUAUAUAUAUAUAUGUUUAUUGUAAAUGUUUUAUAUUUGUACAUGUAGGGGCUAACUUGUUUACAUAGGAGAGCAAUCCUAUCCAGAAUCCCUUUUACACUGACUAUGGCGUUUAUUAUCUUGAGUGGACUGGGGUGGGGGGGGGUGGGUUUACAUUGACCUGAUUGUAACCGUUGGCGACUCAGUCCUAUGUGUGCAGUGCACUCACAGACCUAAGGGGCAUGAACUUGAAAGAGCAUGAAUUAUGUAGCUAUGCUGUUGGGAAGUCAGUUAAGUCCUCACUGCUUCCCAUGUAGAACAAGAUUUUAACCAGCAUUGUGCCCCUGAAAAGCGGCAUAUGGCGCAUGCCAUAAGUACUUAAUCAGCGUGUGUGUGUGUAACAGAACUUCAUCAGUUAGUGUCAUUUGACGGCCUGUUUAGACCUACUGUAUUCGCCCUUCAUGUAAGGUGACCAAAAACAGGCUUUUUGCCAGACUGAAUGCUACAAUUUCAUCUGAUGAAAUGGUGGACUGCUAAGCUAUGAAUUGAAAGGCAAAGAAAACUGUAACAUCGAAAAACAAGAUAUUGGCUCUUUACAGAGCUUGGGGAGGACGAAUCAGAAAUGAUGGUGGUUAAAUUAUGUACGAAAAGGAUCUGACCGCCAUUUGUUUUAUGCCCUCCCCACCCCACCCCCCACCCACUUUGGAUUUGUUUGUACAAUCAGUAAGUGGUCCUCCCUUGUGGGAGGCUUCGAACUGCUUAUGUGGGACUGGAUCCCAGUUCUUAUACCAAUGGUGCUCUGAGCCAAGAUAAUCACAAAGAUGAUUAUGCCCUUUUAUUGAUGAAUUGUCACGUUUUUUCUUUUAUCAUAUAUUUUUUCCAAUAUACAUAUAUGAGCACAUUUGACCAGGAUUUUAUCUUUCAAUCCCGUAGUGCGGCAUUUAGAUAAGUUGGGUGUUUGACCUGUUGAGCUUGUGUUUUUGUUUUGUUGCAUUUAAAUUGUUUUAAAUACACCAAGUUCCUGCAGUAAGUUGGCCAGUGUUUUAGAAUAAUUUGUAUAUGGUGAGCAUGUAGUCCCAUUGGGAUGCUCUGCUGUUGGCAUAGAAUCUUAUGUAGUCCAGUCAGAUCAUGCUGGACUUGUCAGAGAGGAGUGCAUCUCCAGUUUCAUGACUGUCUCUUGUUAAGUUUCUGGUUGGGGUUGACUGGACAUGUAUGCCUUUAGCCCACUACAUCUGCAGGACAAUGGUGAUAACAGACACUGCAUGCCAGUUGACAAAACGGAAAACUGAAAUGGAAUCUAACAAAUAGAAGGUGCUUUAGGUACCACUUGCGUGUGUGUUUGCAAAGAAACUGUGCUUGGGUUUGAAUCCCAGUAAUACAAUUUAUGGUCUCACUGUGCUUAGAUUGGAUGCCAAGACCCUUAACAUAAUGCCACUUUCUCUGUUCCAGUGUUUUAGCAUCUGUGUUUUAGCAUCUCGCGUUAAGAAGGGGUAAAAAAAAGAUAUUUAUUCCCCCCAAUAAGAAAAGUGCCGUUCACGGCUAGGGUCUGAAAUUUUAGUCUUUUUAUAUUAUUAUUUUGUAGAGCAAAGUAAAAAGACUAGUCCGCAUUUUUAUUACAAGCUUUUAUUGAAAAGCAUUCAUUAAGGUCUAAAAAAAUUGCAGAAAAGGCCCUGGUAACUGUGCUUGUAUUUACCCUCUUAAAAUUUAUUUGCCUGGAAAGACUCCGUUUAGUUUAGGACAGAUUUUUAUAACUAUGCAUUCUUAAAGAGAUUUUAGCUGUGACAAGUUUGUCUGUAUACAUUUUAGAUCACUUUGCAUAGUAGAUGGGGAGAUAAGGGUGAGUUUUUUUCUUUUUUUUUGUAGUGGGCUUAGCACAAAAUCCCCUUAACCUCUUGUAGCAGUAUUUGCUUUUUAUGUCCAUUUCCAAAUAUAUAUUUAUAGAUGUAUAUUCUGAUGACCCAGACAAUUGGUUAUUAUUUGUACCGUAUAAAUACCCCC